UAAUUUGAUUUUGUGCAAGAACACGUGUGUUAUAUGCUGUGAUAUGUUUUACAUAAUAAAUAUUCAUUCAGUAUUUCUAUAAUUUUAAGGAAGUACAGUUUUUAAAGUUAAUUAUCACCAUGACCGUGAUGCAAAGAGUAGUAAAGCCGACUACACAUAAGGGUAAACGAGCUAUUUUGAAAAAAGAACCGAAAUUAAUAGAGGAAGCUAAACAAACUCUGUGUUUCAAAGGUAAAAACACUUCACAGAUAGUAGUAGAUUUUAUGAAAGAUUUGUACGAUUUAAAGAAACCAGAUGCACAGAUAAUGCAAAAGAAAAAUGAUAUACUACCAUUUGAGGAUAUAACACCUAUCGAAAAAUUUUCUGUAAAAUAUAAUGCUCCGCUUUUUAUGAUCGCUUUGCAUAAUAAAAAACGUCCCCACAAUUUAGUAAUGGGAAGAAUGUAUGAACAAACGUUAUUAGAUAUGGUAGAAUUUGGCAUAGAAAAUUAUAAAGGACUGAAAAGUUUUAAAGUUCCCAAAAUUUCAGAAGGAAUGAAACCCUUAUUAGUUUUCAAUGGAGAGCUCUUUGAAAAUAACUAUGAGUUAAAUAGAAUUAAAAAUUUGUUUGUGGAUAUGUUUCAAAGGGAACCAGUUGAAAAGAUUAGGCUUCAAGGUCUCGAACAUGUUCUGAGUUUCACUGCUAUUGACAAUAAAAUACUAGUGCGCAGUUACAGGAUACUUUUAAAAAAGUCUGAUUGUAGAAUACCAAGAAUCGAAUUAGAAGAAAUUGGUCCAAGAGCAGAUUUAGUUUGUAGACGUACGAAACUAGCUUCUGAAGAUUUGUUUAAGCAAGCUUGUAAAAAGCCAAAAGAGCUGAAGGUUAAAAAGAAGAAGAACAUAUCUGUGGACAAACUUGGAACAACCUUUGGUCGUGUACAUGUUGGAUCACAAAAUAUUAAUAGUAUACAGACGAGAAAAAUGAAAGGAUUAAAAAAGACAAUGGCAGAGAAGAAAGCUGGGGCGAAAAGGAAAAAUAUAGAAAAUAGUGAUAAUGAUAAUACAAAAAAAUUAAAAACUAAUAGUGAUUCAGCUGAUUAAUAGUUAACUAUUUAUCUAAAAUCAGCAAGGAAAUAAAUGUAAAAACAAGUAUUUUCUCUUUUAUUAAAAAUAUUAAAUUACCAUUAAAGAUU